GCGGCCCGAGGCGCCCGCCCGAAGUCCGGGCGGCACCCGCCGGGGAGGAGCCAGACGGGGCUGCCCCGGGGGCGGGGGGGCAGCCCCGCAACUUAUAAGAGCCGCGUCCCGCCAGAAGAGCCGGGGCGUGUUUGGAGCAGCGGCGAGUGGUGUCACUGCGAGAGGCGCGGCGGCAACAGCCCGAGAGCCCGGAGCCGCCCGAUGGCUCAGAGCAUGGACAGCAGCCUCGACAGCCUGGAUCUGUCAUCUGGGUUAUUCAUCGAAUUUUCUGAUAAUGGCACGGAUGAGGUUGGUUCCGGUGACUAUGGAGACUAUGGAGAACCGUGCUUCCAGCAUGAGAAUGCCGAUUUCAACAGGAUCUUCUUGCCAACCAUCUAUUCCAUCAUCUUCCUAACGGGAAUAAUCGGCAAUGGAUUGGUUAUUAUUGUUAUGGGCUACCAGAAGAAACAAAGAAGCAUGACUGAUAAGUACAGGCUGCACCUCUCUGUGGCCGACCUCCUUUUCGUCAUCACCUUGCCGUUCUGGUCCGUGGAUGCGGCCAUAAGCUGGUACUUUGGGAAUGUCCUGUGCAAGGCGGUUCACGUCAUUUACACAGUCAACCUCUACAGCAGCGUCCUGAUCUUGGCCUUCAUAAGUCUCGACCGUUACCUGGCCAUAGUCCACGCCACCAACAGCCAGCGCCCGCGGAAGCUGCUGGCUGAGAAGGUGGUGUACGUGGGCGUGUGGCUGCCAGCUGUGCUCCUCACAGUGCCCGACAUCAUCUUCGCCAGCACCACGGAAGUGGAGGGGAAGUACCUGUGUGAUCGCAUGUACCCUAACGACAAGUGGCUGAUCUCCUUCAGGUUUCAGCACAUCCUGGUAGGGCUGGUCUUGCCCGGUCUCAUCAUUCUGACUUGCUACUGUAUCAUCAUAUCCAAGCUGUCACACUCCAAGGGCCACCAGAAGCGCAAAGCCUUGAAGACCACGGUGAUCCUCAUCCUCGCCUUCUUUGCCUGCUGGCUGCCAUAUUACAUUGGCAUCAGCAUCGACACCUUCAUCCUGCUGGGAGUCAUCCGACAUCGCUGCAGCUUGGAGACCGUAGUGCACAAAUGGAUCUCCAUUACGGAAGCCCUGGCGUUCUUCCACUGCUGCCUGAAUCCAAUCCUGUACGCCUUCCUGGGUGCCAAAUUCAAAACAUCAGCUCAGAAUGCCUUGACAUCAGUUAGCAGAGGAUCCAGCCUCAAGAUCCUCUCAAAAAGCAAACGUGGGGGACAUUCUUCUGUUUCUACAGAGUCCGAGUCUUCAAGUUUCCAUUCCAGCUAACGCUGCUCUUUUAUACACAGACACUUUAAAGUUGCGCAACAGUUCAGCGAAAUAAGACUGACCAUAAUGUACAGAUUUAUUUACAGUUGGGAUUUUAUAUUAUUUCUUUUAGUCUCUGUGAAGUUUAAUUGACUUAUUUAUAUAAAAAAACCUUUUGCAUUGAUGACAAACUGUCUAGGCAGGUCCUGUGGACAAGUGGUUAGUUCACAAGAGCUUUAGUGUCUGUCUGUGUGUAUAGAUACGUGAACUAAACCCUUUGGAUUGUAGCAAAGUGACUGUUAAAAGUUUAGAAAAUAUUUCUCUGUUGUUUAUAUGUAAAUGUUUUCAGUGUUGCUGUUAUUCUUAAAAACUUGGCUGGAUAUUUUUACCUUACUACAAGAUGUUUGGUUUACAAUAGCUUAACUCCGCUGUAGAAAUGGCACUUAUAACCAAAGCCUCCUCUGUUACAUGCUAGGGUUUGCCCCCCGUUCUCAGUAAUUGAUGGUUUGCAAAAUUUUCUGUUCAAGAUAAAAUAAAAGUAUUUGGAA